AUGGCGGUGGUGCUGGACUCGUACGUGAAGCGGUGCGCGGCGGCGCUGGAGGAGUUCUCGGGGCAGGAGGCCUGCGGCGCGCUCGGCAUCCGGGACAACGUGCGGGGCCUGCUGGGCACGCUGGCGCGCAUCGACGCCGUCGUCUCCCACGAGGAGCGCCGCCGGGUGCUCAGCUCCCGGGUGGACGCCUGGGUGGUGCUGCUCAAGGACGUCAUGUACGAGGUGGACGACGUGCUCGACGUCUGCGCCGCCGAGGGCGCCAAGAUCCUCGCCGACGACCACCCGCCCACGCCCAAGGUGCGCUGCGCCUUCAUGUUCUCCUGCUUCCGCUACUCGGGCCCCCAGAAGUUCCACCACGAGAUCGGCUUCACCAUCCGGGACAUCGACAUCCGGCUCCGGGAGAUCGAGGACGAGAUGCCGCCGCUCCCCGCCGCCGCCGGGCCGUCCCCGCGACGCCCCGGCGGCGCCAGGAGGGAUUGGUUCAGCAGCGAAAUGUCCAGGAGCUGCCACGAAGACGUGGUGAAGCCUCGCGCAGCGGUGGGGACGCAGGUUCACAAGUCCGUCGCCGGCCUCGUGCCGAGGUUGCUCAGGGAGGGCAAGAAGAAGGUGGACGUCUUCGCCGUCGUCGGCGCCGUGGGGAUCGGCAAGACCACGCUUGCCAGGGAGAUAUUCACCGAUGAGAGGAUGACCGAAAACUUCCCCAUCUGCGUGUGGGUCAAGAUGUCGAAGGAUCUGUCCGAGGCAGCUUUCUUGAAGAAGAUCAUCGCCGGCGCCGGUGUAAAUGCUGGGGACACAGAGAACAUGGAGGAGCUCCUCGCCCUCCUCAGCUCUGCUCUUUCAAAGAGGUUUCUCAUCGUCUUGGAUGACCUGGACAGCCCGGGCAUAUGGGAAGAUCUGCUGAAAGAUCCACUGGGAGACGGCGUGGCACGAGGCAGAAUACUGGUCACGACACGGGACGAGGAGGUGGCGGCAGGCUUGAAGGCAGUCGUCCACCGCGUCGACAAAAUGGACGCAGAGAACAGCUGGGCGUUACUGCGCGAGCAGGUCUUCCUGGAAUGCGAUUCAGAGGAGGUCCAAGCGCUGGAGGAUGUCGGGAUGAAGAUUGCGGAGAAAUGCGAGGGCCAUCCUCUGGCAAUCAAGGUCAUCGCAGGUGUCCUGAGGUCGAGAGGCACGAGCAAGGACGAGUGGGAGAUGGUCCUGAAAAGCGACGCUUGGUCGAUGCGGCCGUUGCUUCAGCAGGUGCCACAGGCUCUCUACUUGAGCUAUGUUGAUCUGCCUUCUGAACUGAAGGAGUGCUUCCUCCACUGCUCUCUGUACCCAGAAGACUGCCCCAUUCGUCGCUUUGAUCUCGUGCGGCACUGGAUCGCCGAAGGCCUUGUCAAGCCCAGAGACAACAAGGAACUGGAAGAGUCUGCUGAAGAGUACUAUCUGGAGUUGAUAGGCAGAAACUUGUUACAGCCUGAUCCUGACAAUCUUGACCAGUGCUGGAUGACACAUGAUCUGCUACGCUCUCUGGCCCGCUUUCUGAUAACAGAUGAGAGCAUCUUAAUUGACGGUCAGGAGAGCUCGAGCGUGGGCUCAUUGUCCUCACUGUCAAAGCCUCGACAUCUUGCAUUGUGUAACAUGGAGAACAGCUUGGAGGAUCCGAUUUCAGUGAAGCAGCAGAUGAGCCUAAGGUCACUGUUCCUUUUCAACAGCCCGAAUGUCGGAGUGAUAGACAAUCUUCUUCUCGAGUCAGCCACCUGCCUGCGUGUCUUGGACCUGAGCAACACAGGAAUAGAGGCCCUCCCAAAAUCCGUCGGCACCCUGCGACAUCUGAGGUACCUCAAUCUUGACGGGACUCAGGUCAGCGACCUACCCUCCUCCGUCGGCUAUCUCGUAAAUUUGCAGACCUUGAGCCUUGAAGGCUGUCAAAGAUUACAGAAACUCCCUUGGUCCAUCAGUGAAUUGCAAGAGCUUAGAAGCCUUUGCCUCGAGGGAACUUCCCUACGCUAUGUACCAAAAGGUGUGGGUGAGCUGAAGCAUCUUAACCAUCUAUCUGGUCUGAUCAUUGGUCAGGACAACAAUGAUCCUGAGGGCUGUGACUUGAUUCACCUUCGAGCCAUGUCUGAAUUGAGGUACCUUCAGAUAGAGAGACUUGAUAGGGCUACUUCUGGAGCUUCUGCACUUGCAAACAAGCCAUUCCUGAAGGUUCUACACCUGUCUGAGCAAGCAGCAUUAAUUGAGGAAGAAGAGAAUGGGGAAGAACAGGAGAACCAAGAGGGCGCAGAGAAAGAAGAGAAGGACGAACAUGAAGUAAAAAAUGCUCAGUGGAUUAGAGAGGAUUCAGCUAAAGUGAGUGAAAAGAUAUGGAAUGAGCUCACGCCACCCAAUAGCGUUGAGAAGCUGGUAAUCAAGAACUACCAAGGUCGAAAGUUUCCAAACUGGCUGGCGGGUCCCAAGCUAAGCACCUCCUUCCCUGCCCUUGCCUUCCUUGAUCUUGACAACUGCAUGUCAUGCACCACUCUGCCUGCUCUUGGCCGCCUGAAACAGCUCAAGUCCCUGGAAAUCUCAAAUGCAGACUCCAUUGUCGCCAUCGGUUCUGAGUUCCUCGGCACCACUGUGAUGUCACGAGCCAUCUCAUUCCCCAAGCUUGAGGUUUUGAAGCUAAGAAACAUGAAGAAUCUGGAAGACUGGUCCUUAAGUGUGGAAGAGAGCCAGACAUUGCUGCCUUGUCUCAAGUCACUGCACAUACAGUUCUGCCCUAAACUCAAAGCUCUGCCAGAAGGUCUAAAGAACGCUGCUCUGUGCGACCUUCGUGUCGAGGGUGCACAUUGCCUUACAGAGAUAAAGGACCUGCCAAAACUAUCUGAUGAACUCUAUCUGAAAGACAACAGGGCGCUUCUGAGGAUCUCCAACCUACCCUCACUCAAGUCACUCACCAUCGACGACUGCGCGAAGCUGAAGCACGUCUCGGGCCUCGACACGCUGCAGCAUCUCAGGCUUGAGUUCCCCCCAUCCACGGAGACAUACUAUUUCGAGGAGUUGGUCACCUUCUGGAACAUCGCAUUCCCACGGUGGCUGGAGCUGCUGAUCCGUUUGCAGGCCAAUGGCCUGCGUCGGUUCGAGCUGCAGUGUGCACUCCCUUUACUCAGGAGCUGCCUGGAGGGUGGGAAGAACUGGCACGUUGUGCAGCAGAUCCCUGAGGUGCGCAUCACAAGCACCGAUGGCAAGAAGUACAUAAGGUACAACAAGGCCCGCCGCAUCUACGAGACGAAUGCUCAGUGUGAAGAGAAGUCUAGCAGCUGUUUGGUAGACAUGUUUGGUCCGACCGUCCCUACUGCUCCAGGAGAUGUCGUGGUUUACAUCAGGGAGUCGUCGUGUUGUUACUAG